AUGAGCACUAUAGGUGAAUCGGACCUUAGGGACCUUGCUGAAGUCGUAUUUAAGGGUAGUGCAAAUGCUUUGAUCCGUUAUAAGAAAUCAGAUCGUGCAUUGGAUCGACUUUGUGUGCGAUUUGAGAGUUUGGCGACUAACAAUCAGUAUACCUUGGAAAACUUCGAAUAUGUGAGCUGUAGGAUUUCACCGCUUCUUGGUGAGUACAUGGCAUAUAUCAGUAAAGAGAUUCGUGAAGUGGACGUUUUGGGGCCGGUGCUGAGAAAUUUCAGUGUCAAUCUCGAUAGAUCCUACGCCAUAGUCUUUAAGAUGGAACACAUCACUUAUGGUACGGAUUCGGUUAUGAUCGCGGACCACUUUACGAAAUUUCAUUUGAGAGGACGUUCCGCAGUUAUUUGGGAAUUCAAACCCAAAUGGUAUACCCGCAGUGGUGAUAACUGUCGUAACUGCGUGUUGAAUAGAGUCAAAGGCCGGGACAUUCCCUACUGCUACACUAGGGUUCUGGAAAACCCAGCAAUUCUCCAAGAGUGCUUCGCACACUGUAAUUUGCCGCCACGCUUUUUUGUAGAUGUUGAAGAGUACUUGCAAUCAGAAGACAAUGUUCUCGCGCACUUGUUUGCAAAACAAUCCAAAUUGUCAGAGUCAGUACCGAACCUGGCCAACCUUCAUGGAGAGGGGAGUGUUUCUGAGGAAUUGGCGCUACUGAUGACCUUACGCGACGUGACAUGCUACAUCAGUUGGGACUGUGAACGUGGCGUACGACAGGCCAAAAUAGUAGAUGUGGACAUGAAACCUAGAUCGAAGUGGAAGCAAUGGAGCUCUCAGCAAAUUUCUUUGGAUCGCAGCUCAAUAAAGAUCUGUCAUUGA